CCGGUACGUCAACCGUGCCUGCGGCGGUAAGGUACGCACAGCGCACCCGAGCUACUUCGCGAUGGGGCUCAUGCAGGUUGAGUGCCCUGCGGGCGCGGGCGCCGGCCAGCGCAUCAAGAUCGUGGCCAACGGCGCGGAGUACGAGGUGGAAGUGCCAGCGGGCGUCGUUGCUGGCCAGACUUUCCAAAUUGAGGGCGCAGACCGCGACAGAGGGCACACAAUGUCGGUGGAUAAAAUCGCGCCAGUGCCGGCGAAGAGGCCCGCCCCCCCGGACAGAAUCCAGCUCUCGGUCGAUCCGGCCAGCCCGUGGAUGCCGAGCGACGAAAUCCUCGAGGAGUUCUUCUUCGACGAUGAACUCACACGUCAAUUCUUCAGCGACAAGGAGCGGUGCGAGAUGACGGGCCUCGCCGUGCUGUUUCCGCCCGCGGCACCGUGCACCAUGAUCACCUGCUCCUUGGCCGACGUCAACGCUGCCGACUUUGCCUACUCCCGAUGGGUGGCCGUCUCCAAGGAGAACAUCUACAUCGUGCGGCGCAAGCGAAAGGCUGACUGGCGCUUCGACUGCUGCGACAUCAACGAGUCGAGGAAAACCAUCCCGAUCAACAACGUGCAGGACAUCAUGAUCAACGAGCCAGCCGCGUACGCAGCCUGGUGCUGCUUCGUGCCGAACGUGCUCACCUCGGUCGCGAUCGAGACCGCGGGCACGGGCGGCGCCAUGGGCGGCGGCGACCCGAGGGUCGACCCGUCUUUUGGCAUGCUGCAGGGCCUCCUCGAUCCGCAGCGCUUCCGAAAUGUCGUGCUGAACCUGAAGAAAGGCAUCUACAUCGAGCCGGGCGGCGGCACGCGAGCCGUCGGCGCGCCGCCCGCAGUCGACUCGCUCGGCCGCACGCUCGGCGCGCUGGGUCUCCCCGCCGCCGGCACGCUCGCCACCGCGGCGGCGGCGUCUCCGGCCAUCGGCGGCAGUGCGAUGGAGCAGUACCUCGCUGAGAUGGUCGGCGUCCUCCACAACAUCGACCAGAACCUUUUUCAUAUCCGCUCACGGGUCCCUGAUCGCCUCUUCACGGGUCCCUGCUCCUCCUAAACGCUAAACCUAAUCGCCUCAAGUAGUAUCCUGCUCGGUGUGGGACACACUAAAUCAAAACGGUCAAAAUCUGACGAUGGUGGGACGCGUGUGUCCCCGCCCGCCUGCACGAUCUUGGUGUGCGACGGGGAUCUUCUUCAAGAUUUCCACAGGGCUCAACCGCAGGGGGUGUGUUCAGAGAGACGGGGGCCGCGGGGCUGCUGAGCCGCGUUUUUGGUCCGCUCUGCGGGGUGAGUGGGGGUCCGAGCCGCCUCGGGGUGGCGGGCGGGCGGGCGUUUUGAAAGACAGAAAACAGAAAAC